AUGAACUCCCUGGGUUCGAACCCUGAAACAAGGUACACUCGACUAGAAAAGCUAGGUGAAGGCACCUAUGCGACCGUUUAUAAGGGAAAGAGUCGAAUUACAGGAGAGACAGUAGCUCUUAAAGAAAUUCACUUAGAUCCUGAAGAAGGUGCACCCUCCACAGCCAUUCGAGAAAUUUCACUCAUGAAGGAACUCAAACAUACCAACAUCAUUCGACUGCUUGAUGUCAUUCAUACCGAAAGUAAACUCAUUCUCGUCUCAGAGUAUAUGGACCAAGACCUCAAAAAGUUUAUGGACGCUCGACAGGGUAAUCUCGACACAGCCACUAUCAAGUCGUUCAUGUAUCAAUUAUUGAAGGGUAUCGCUUAUUGUCAUGAAAACAGGGUGCUUCAUCGUGACCUGAAGCCUCAGAACUUGCUGAUCAAUAAACAUGGUGAAUUGAAAUUGGGAGACUUUGGCCUGGCUCGUGCCUUUGGUAUCCCUGUAAACACGUUUUCGAAUGAAGUUGUCACGCUUUGGUAUCGUGCACCUGAUGUCCUUUUGGGCUCUCGUAUGUAUUCUACAUCCAUCGAUAUCUGGUCAGCAGGCUGCAUUAUGGGUGAAAUGUACACAGGUCGGCCGUUGUUCCCUGGAACGACCAAUGAAGAUCAGUUACAAAAGAUAUUUCGGUUAUUAGGCACACCAACAGAACAGACUUGGCCUGGUGUCUCGCAACUAUCAGAAUAUAAACAACCAGCUGUCAUCUAUCCUCAACAGAGCAUAAAUCAAGUUUUACCCAACAUUGAUGUCUGUGGUCUCGAUUUACUCAGUCGUAUGCUUCAAUAUCAACCUCAAUUAAGAAUAUCAGCAAAGGAUGCACUCAAUCACAGUUACUUUGCUGAAUUAAAUAGAUGUAACCCUUAUUAG